UCUGUAAGAAGUCCAAGUGAUUGGAGAAAAAAAAAAAAAAUUAUUAUACAACACAUUUGAAACCCUGUGGGGAUGGCAGGGAUUAGUUGCUAUUCUCCUUCAUUACUCUCUUCCCGGAGCAACUUGGGAUCAUCUUUGUUGGUUGUCAAAUAUCGAGGAGGGAUUGUGACAGGGAAACCUCUUAGGAGGAGUGCUUUCGAGAUUAAAGCAGAAGUUGAGUUUGUGAAUGCUGAUGAGGCGAAGAAACUUGUAGCUGUCGAGGGAUAUGCAGUUCUAGAUGUGCGCGACAAAACUCAAUUCGAGAGAGCUCAUAUCAAAAACUGUUAUCAUGUACCACUCUUUAUUGAGAACACAGAUAAUGACUUAGGUACUAUAGUCAAGAGACAGCUGCACAACAAUUUUUCUGGUUUAUUUUAUGGAUUGCCAUUUACUAAGCCCAAUCCUGAGUUUGUGCAAUCUGUUAAAAGCCAAUUUUCUCCCGAAAGCAAGCUGCUACUUGUCUGUCAAGAGGGUCUUAGGUCUGCAGCUGCAGCCCAGAGAUUAGACGAAGCAGGUUAUGACAACAUCGCAUGCAUAACAUCAGGCCUUCAAACUGUAAAACCUGGAACAUUUGAUUCUGUUGGUUCCAAAGAACUGCAAGAUGCUGGCAAAGCCGGUUUGGUUACCAUACAGGGCAAGAUUUCAGCUGUUCUAGGAACUGUGCUUAUCUGUGCAUUGCUAUUUAUAACUCUUUUCCCCGAUCAAGCAGAACAGAUUCUUGCAUUGGUUCCUUCAAGCUAAUACUUAAACAACUCCAACUUUCUUUUUUUUGGUGUUGAUGGAAUUUGGAUUUUCAAGAAAAGUAGAGUGUGCUCAUUUGUGUAGAGAAAACUAGUUGAUAUUGAAAUACCAGUAGUCAUCGAGCUUUUGUACAUUUCUCAUUUGACAAAUAUCUGAUUGGUAAACGGCAAACUGCUUUUUCUUAUUUAA